AUGCGUCUCCUACUGCUGGCAUUACUCGCUUCCGCCGCAUCAGCAAUCCCAUCUCCAACAUCGCCUCAUCAACCCGCUUUUACCUACAACAAUGAUUCCUUCCUCCUCCAUGGAAAGCCAUUCCAGAUCCGAGGCGGGCAGAUCGACCCUCAGCGUGUGCAUCCAGCAUACUGGUCUGACCGCAUCUCCAAGGCCAAAGCAAUGGGUUUGAACACAAUUUUCGGUUAUGUCUAUUGGAAUCUGCUCGAACCAUCGCCUGGUCAGUGGAAUUUUGAAGCUCGCAACAACAUCGCGGAAUGGUACAGAUUGGUCCAAGAAGCGGGCAUGUAUGCUGUGCUCCGCCCUGGGAGUUACAUUUGUGGCGAGCGGGACUGGGGAGGCUUACCGUCAUGGCUGAUGGAGAUCCCUGGGAUGUCCAUUCGGAGUGACAAUGAGCCGUUCUUGGACGCCAGCCGCAACUAUCUUGUUCGUCUUGGUCAGGAGAUAAAACAACAGCAGAUCACUGAAGGAGGACCGAUCCUCAUGGCUCAGGUCGAAAACGAAUAUGGAUCGUUCGCCGAUUCCCAUAGCUAUACCUCCAAACUAGCAGACAUCAUGCGCGAGGCAUUUGAUCUAGUGCUGUUUACCAACGAUGGUGGAUCGUCAGCCGUUGCAGCCGGUCAAAUCCACGGGGUGCUCGCUGAGAUCGAUGGACCGCCAGAGGUGGGAUUCGAGGCAAGGGCACAGUAUGUUACAGAUCCGACCUCUCUAGGACCUUUGCUCGACGGAGAAUACUACACGACUUGGAUCGAUAGCUGGGCUUCAAACUAUACCUAUCAAUACACUGGACCUGGAGGCCGUCAAAGCUACCAGAGUGUCUACGACGACAUCGACUACAUCCUAUCGAACAACGCUUCGUUCAGCCUUUACAUGUUCCAUGGUGGUACGAACUUUGGCUUUGAGAACGGAGCUGUGUAUCCAGAUGAUUAUCUCCAGCCAGUGACCUCCAGCUACGACUACGGUUCGCCUCUGGACGAGAGUGGUCGUACAAUCGAGCUGUACGAUGGACUGAAAACCGUAAUCCAGAAAUAUGUGCCUCAGGGCGAGCGCAUCCCACAAAGUCCAAAGAACCUGCCGAGGAUGAAGGUGCCCGACGUGCAACUGAAGCCGAUUGCCAGCUUGUUUGAUGGAAGCAUCCUCGGUAAGUCCACGUACUCGCAGGACCCGAAAACCAUGGAGGCUCUGGGUCAGAGCUAUGGCUUCCUUCUGUACGAGCACCAAGCCACCGAACAGAUCCAAGGCCUUGUCCGACCUGGUGACAGACCUCGUGACCGCGUACUGAUCUACGUCAACGGUCAACGCAAGGGCGUCAUGGACAGUAUCUACUCCACGCCGAACCAAGUGACCGUAAAUCUCCAACGCGGCGACAAGUUGCAGCUCCUGGUCGAGAACAUGGGCCGAACAGACUUCGGAUAUCCCCAGCUUCUCGACGCAUCCAGAGGAAUCAAUGGAAGCGUCACCAUUGACGGUAAGACCUUGCAAGGCUGGAACACCUACAAGCUUCCUCUCGAGACCGCUCCAAGUGCACAGAAUCACGGUUGGCAUGGCUGGCCUGGUUGGAGCCAAUCCCAGUUUCCUCAUCCAACAAACUCUUCCUCCGUUCCAGUAUUCUAUUCUGGGACCUUCCGCACAAACUGUCGAAGCAACGAUCCCACGUGCGAUACCUUUAUCUCAAUCCCUAAUGGCAUCAAAGGCCAAGUCUGGGUGAACGGUUUCAAUCUGGGGAGGUACUGGAUCGUGGGACCGCAGCAGUCGCUAUAUCUCCCGGCCCCUGUUUUGAAGAGGGCUUGGGGACAGCAGUCGAAUGAGAUUGUUGUAUUGGAGUUGGAGCCCAAGGCUGGAACGCAGAUGAUCGCAAGGGGACUUGAUGAGAGGGUCUGGGGCAACAAUCCUGAUCCUGAUAGGAGUUAG